UUCUUAACUCGAUCCGAAGAAUCGCUGCCAUUUUCCUUGUUCGUGUGAAACGUUUUUAAAAAGUUUGGAUUAUUUCACAAUUCUCUGGCAAUUUUUUUGGCUUUUUCCCGCUUCGUGGAAAGCAACGUCAUGCGUCUAGCAUGACUUCUGGUAGUUUAUCUUCAAAUGCCGUGGAUUUAAGAGAAUGUAGCUCAAAUCUCUUCGCUUUGGUAUGUAAUUUUUCAAUACAUAUGUCGCUAUGUUAUGUUCGAUUUGAUAACAUACACACAUGUUUACAAUAUAUUCACGUACGAUCAAUUCCUAUUAGAAAUACCACAUCCGACCUAAGUGUCUUUACUGUAAAUACCAACAAUUGCAUGAUCAGAAUGUAUUUAUAAUCCAUUAAAUAUCACCUAGUUUAUCUCAAUUUCAGUAUUUUUAAUACAGUAUACAUGUAUUACGAUGGUUCAUUGACUUCGAGACUUUUAUGCUUGAUUCCUACCCCUUAUCGCUGUCCGAUUACCGAAAAAUUUAUACUAUAAUUAGAAGGGUUAUUAUUCUUUUUAAUAGCUAAAAGUCCUGUGCUGUAAUUCCACAAAUACAGGUCACACAAACGACACAAAGUCAUGAACCUCUAUGACCGGGGUAAACAAUGCAAAACCGUCAGACACUUUUUAUUAUUUCACCAACUUUCCAUGAUAACUUCCUUAGAAUAUAAACGGUUUCAAGCAGCGAUUGACACCCAAUUUCAUACCACCUAAGCAUGUCCACGUUAUUGUAAUCCAUAAGGAAAUAAAUAACGUGAGAACCUAGUCGAUCAUGGCACGAUUUUUAUGUAGUAAAUAAGUUCCUACGAAUAUUAAUUCGAAUUUGUCUAGCCAUUUCAGCAAUUUAAGUACUUUUCAUGUAUACUUAGCGAUCAAAGACAAUUUGUACUUUUUUUCGUGGGAAAUAUACACAUCAAGAAUUGGGGGUUUUAAUUUUAUUUAUGGUCAUAUUUGUUUAGUGUAUACUAUACACAUGGAAUAUGUGCCAAAAUCUGUAAUAAUUGCACUCGGCUGAUAUGUUUAUCGACCUUUCCGAUAUUCGGGUAUUAAUGUAAUUUCGCCUGUCAUAAGCAGGCUUUUUGAGCUCACUAAUUCUUUCAUAAACAGGCUAUAAUUCUGACUGGUAAAUCAGACAGAUGACGGUUUAAAUCAUUACGAUUGUUUGGUAAAAACAAGUUUAUUGCUACAUGUUUAAGAGGGCGCAAGAGUCGAGUUGGUAACUCGAAAUAUCACCCGGAAUCAAUGACAGCCUGCUAUUAUGCGUGUUAAUUAACGGCGGGCGAAGAGCGAAAUUACUAUUGUAAAAAUAACAUAAUCUAGUGGUUUAGUUUUAUAGAAAGUUUGCUGGAAACAACGACCGUUUGCCAAGCUUGUUUUUCGUUGUUUUCAAAUCACAAAGUAAACAUAUUUAUUGUGCUUUGAAGUUGUCGCGAAACGCUGUGCAGAUAUCACUCAACAUAAAUUGUGCUAUCUUUUUUGGCCGCCAUGUGCCAUUUAAAUUUGUACAAGCUGAUUUUAAACGCUCUUCGGGAGGUUAAAAACUCCAAACCCCAUGCAACACGUUAUUUAAAGUAGUUUAUUUUGAGUUUGUUUUAUAAUAAAUUGGAUAAGUGUUUUUAUUAGGAAGUAUAAAGUGUUGCAGACCUCACCAGCCGAGGUGUAUAUUCGCUCUGUCUUUCUCGCUGAAAUUUAGCUGUGCUACGUUGGAAAUUAUUUUAACUCUUUGCAGCAAAGUUCUAAAUAUCAGUGCGUUAAAUUUAUAGUCAAAUUAAUGUAUAUUUAGCCAGAUAAUUUUAGAAACAAAACUCUAAAGUUUGGCUUCCUGAGACUUAACUUAACAUGAUGGCUUUUGUCGGAUAGCAUUGUAGAAACUUUUUGUUGAAAGACAAUGGUCUUACUCUAUAGAAAACAGUGUUUUUCCAUUGUGGAAAGUUAGUUUUCAUAAAUGUUUACAAGUGUAAACAACACAAAAAUAUUAUGCUAUAAUAUACUUACUAAUACUAAUAUUUCAAUAAAAUAUAUUGAAGCAAAUCAUAUUAUAAAACCUACUCAAAUUCAAGAGGAUAUAUUCUGGUGUCUUCCUCGACAAACGGUUUUUUCUAAGUGGUAAAUAUUUUUCAUUUCCCUGUUGACCUAUUGCCAUAUAUACCCCUGUAAAGUGAACAGCAUUUUAUAAGCACUUUAUGUGCACAGAUUAUCUAGCUAAAGUAUGCAUUUUACUGAUAACAGAAAUGCCCCAUGACAUUUAAUAGUUAUUAAGAUACUUUUCAUGAUCCGUGUUACAAUUAUUAGCAAAUUCUUGUCAUACAUUUAUGUUUACUACAUUAUUAACUUAUUGAGUUACAUGCACCAUACUCUAUUCUUUUAAUCUGUCUAAUGUCAGACAAUUUUACUUGUCAAGGGGAGAGUGCACCAGCUCAAUGGGUUAACAUGGAUCCAGGGCGCGAAAUAACGGCUGGAGGGUUGCCGGUCAAGGUGACCGGCCAACUCAAUUUUAGCUUGGACAUACCAAAAUAUUCCCCUAAAAAUGCAAAUAUUUUCACAGUAUAGCAUUACAAAAAGCCCUACUGUAAUCAGUAGUUAAAAACGUAAAACAGCUUGCACUGUGCUAAAAGCUGUCGCUUUAACUCUUAAACCAAAAGCAUGGCCAUGGGCUUUGUGACGUACUGCGUGGGAAAGCUGGUGUACAUUGAAGUUCUUUUCUCGCAAAAUAUUCGAGAACAUGUUAUGGUUCUUUAAAAUACUUGACAUCUUUAUUUUGAUUAUUAAUUCAAAUGAAGAUUAGUUUGUUCUUUUACCGAAAGUAACCGGUAAAAAUGACCGGCAGGGUAAGAAUUUGACCGGACAACUCUGCAUUCUGGCCGGACAUUGUCUGUUGACCGGCCGUUAUUUCGCACCCUGGGAUCCAUCCUUGAAAGUAGAAUUGUCUGUAGCAGAAUUGAAUGAGUACAAUAAUUUGGUUCGGAGGCUGUUUUGUGUGGGCCAAUAGUGUUUUUACUUCUUGUUUAGUAAUUAGUUAACCCACUAAUAUAAUGCACAAGAAUUUCCUAUCAAUGAGUAAAAUCGUAUGGCAUUAGACAGAGUAAAAUUAUAUUGAAGUCUGGUGCAUUUGUGUGCAUUGCAGAUAAACAAUAGCAUUUUUAUACUGCCUUUUGCAACAUAACUUCAAUGUGGACAAAAUCCACAUUGUGAAAUCAUUACUGUACAACAUAAGUAUCACACAAAUAAAUUUACAAAACAUUGUUUCAAUGCCAUGAAAUAUAAACCCAUAAAAAAGAACAGGCAAUUGUUUAAUAGAGUUUGAAACAAGAGCACUGUAUUGUGAAAUUUGCAGUAUCCCGAUAUCCAAGGGAUACCAGAUUUUAAGUUUGGAUACUGGACAUCACAAGCUCAGUUUACAAGUUAAACAAGUUUCUGUCCUCCCCACAGAUAGUGUAUUAUUGUACAGUACAGUAUACGAAUCCUUUAUAAUUAACAAAAUCAUAGAUUCAUUAUAUCAUCAAAUUCAUAACAAUUGAAAACGCGUUUUACCAGUCAUUUCAAAAGUUUGAAUGCAGAGGCGUAGCCAGGAUUUUUGGUCAGGGUGGGGUCAGGGUUCACUUAUUUUUAUAGAAUGAUUUUUUUCUCAGGGGAGGGAGAAUUGUAGUAGAAUUUGGUAGUAGAAUUUGGUUUUGGAUACCAAACUGUGAAUGACUUGUAUCCCGACUGGAUAUUACAAAAUUUCAAAUGUUUACAGUUAGGAUAAUGCUAAAUGUCUCCUAACCUUUGAUUUCCAACUUGGUGAUCUAGUUAUUGACUGUUGGGUCUUCUGACUCCUGUUAUUAUUCUAAUUUAUAACAAUGAGGGACAUUUACUGCAUACUUACUUUGAUGUAAUGCCAACAUUUAUAGCAACCAGUAUCCAGAACUUUCAAUCCUGGUAUCCUAGUGCGGUACUGAAAAAGGUUUUAAAUUUUAUAUGCUGUUGUACAGAGUACAGCACAUAGCUCUUAAUUGGGGCCCAGUGUUUACCUUUAUUACAUUUGUGCUAAGUGGAUAUGAGAGUUAUUAUUACUUACCUAAUUGAAAUUAUCACCUAUCAGGUUGGCCCCCAAGUCAACAGGAAAUCAUUCCAAACUCCACUCUAUUUAAUUAAAACAAUCAGCUUAAUAGUUGAUACCUUUUUGUAACAUUAUUUGAAUUAUGAACAAUAGUUAUAGAAUUGCACCCGAGGAUAUUUUUCAUUUCAAUUUUGUUUUGGCUAUUAGUCUGGUGGAAGCGAAAACGUUUUGUUUCUUAUAUCAUCAUGUUUGUUGUUUUAAAUUAAGAUCAUUUGUAUAAAUUGGAAUUUGGAAUCCGUCCAGCCCUUAAUUUUAUAGUGAAACAUUUCCUGAAACAUCAGCAUUAGGUGAUUAUCCAUUUUGCUAAGGAUGCACUUCCUAAUACACCUAAGCAUUAGGUUUUAGAUUUUUCUGCACAGGUUGAGUUGAGGAAUAGUUUUUGCAAUGCAUUUCCUGUAAUUGUUAUUGGUAUUUGCUCCUUUAUUUGGUCUUGCAAAACUCAUUAAAUUAAUUAAUAAAAAUGUCAAUGUUUAGUGAGUUUUUGUAUCACAUAAUAUACAAAAUUCUCCUGAUUUGCAUUACGUAACAUAAAUUCAUAAAGUUAACAUCACUCCUCUUGCAUAGUUAACAAAUUGGUUAACAUAUUGUUAUACUGUGAUAUAAUUAUUGUCACUUUUGGAAUUCCCAUUGCUGUGUUAAUAAAUACCUGUCCAAUAAUAAGCCCAUGGGCUUACAUGUCCAUGUUUAUAUAUUUUUUUUGGGGGGGGGGAGCCCUAGUGCACCGGAACCAGUUUUUUAAGUUCCGGCCGGAACCGGAUCUGACCAGAACUGGAAAAAAGUUCCGGCCGGAAGUUCCGGCUGGAACCGGAACUAAUUUAUUAAGCCAUAUAUAGUCAUAUGUUACUUUGUCUGCUGCCAGACAGGCAGACACUUCAAGUCAUCAAGGAGAGAGCUCGCAAAUGUUAGAAUACAAAGAUAGACAAGCGUUAAAUGUCAUAAUGAAGUGUUAAUAGUGUACAUUUCCCUUGCGUAGUCCAGAUUUCUUCCUACUGUGACCUUUUGUUAGACACAAAAACGUUUGAUAUUCUAUCUCUCUGAAAACGACAGAGUUCCGGUUCCGGCCAUGCUUUUUUUUACUAGUUCUGGCCAGAACCGGGACUCUAAAAAAUUGGGGUUCCGGCCAGAACUAACUGGCCAGAACCGAGUUCCGGUGCACCCCUAGAGCUUACAGUAUAUUUGGAGGGUUACGGUACUAAAUAUUUGUAUCCAGAGUGGAAAUAUUUGUGCCGAAAAAAGUAAUGUUUUCGUGCCAGGACAUUCGGGAAUGCGACUACAUUACUGACAUUGUGAAAUCGACAAUUACAGUACUGUGACAUCAACAAUUACAGUAUUUUGACAUCUAAUUUGUCUGUGGGAAAUAGUGCUGAAAUUAGCCAAUGUAGCUGCGUUCCUGAAUGUUUUGGCAGGAAAACACAACACUUUUUUCGUGCCAGAGAAAGCAUCCACGGUUUUGGUAAUAUGGCCAGAAAACCAGAAAACUGGGAUUCAAGUAACUGAAAAAUACAAGUAAAAUCCUUGGUCUGGCCACUUGCUAAAAAAAAAACCUCUGCUGAAAAUACUAAAUUAUUGUGAAUUCAUUUCAGGCUGAUAUCAAUGCAUUGAAGUGGUGUCAAUAUACAGGUGCUCCGUGUUCGUUGGACAGGCCUUUAGACGACCCUGUCCUCACCUCAUUUGCCAAUGCUCUCGAGAACAAUGUGUUGUGUUCUUGGAGGCAUUCACCACCACAUACAACACCAAGGUUGAACCAGGGCUUGACGUGCUCUGAACGUGCGAAAGAACUUUGGUUGUUUUGGUAUGGAGAUGACCCUAGAACCAUUGACAUUGUUGAUAGUAACUUGAAAGGUUGGUUUUUGAUUAUUUCUAGUGACUGACAGAUAAUCUGUAUUGGGCCGAUUUUUGUCUUAUCGGUAGACAAUCAGAACCAGUACAAUUAUCUAUAUCUAAAACCGAUUGUUGAGAAAAUAUGCACUUUAAAAAUUAUAUGCAUUGCAUGUUGAUACACGUUGCGUUUUAACACAACUUGUUAAAUUAAUGCAUGAAGCGUGCAGCAGUUUAUUAAUGGCAGGGCGCGAAAUAACGGCUGCAGGGUCACCGGUCAAGGUGACUGGCAAACUCAAUUUUAGCUUGGACAUACCGAAUUUCUGGCCGGUCAAAUAAUUCAGCUUAAAGCAAAGCCUAGUAAAGUAUACCCCUAAAAAUGUGACUAUUUUCCCUAAAAAUGUGACUAUUUUCCCAUUUUUUUUAGCAUUACAAAAAGUCUUAUACUGUAAUCAGUAAUUAAAAACUCCUUCACAUAAAGGCCCAUAAAACAGCUUGCACUGCGCUAAAAGCAUGACCUUUAACUCUUAAGCCAAAAGCAUGGCCAUGAGCUUUUUGACAUGGGAAAGCUGCCGUACAUUGAAGUUCUUUCCCCGCAAAAUAUUCGACAACAUCUUAUGGUUCUUAAAAUACUUGACAACUUUGUUUUGAUUAUUAAUUCAAAUGAAGAUUAGUUUGUUCUUUUCGCGAAAGUGACUGGUCAAAAUGACCAGCAAGGUAAGAAUUUGGCCAGACAACUCCGCAUUCUGACCGGACAUUGUCCGUUGACCGGCCGUUAUUUCGCACCCUGAAUGGUUUUAACAAUCUUUGGUUGCAGUAACUUUUAUUACGUUGGAAAUUAUCAUUAAAAAAUUGACAAGAAUGAAGUCACCUUCACUCGGUCGACUGAUAUUAUCGUUAAUCAAUAAUCGGGUAGAUUGUGGCAUGAAUAAUCGGUAAUCAGUAAUUUCUGAUUGUUGCAUAAAACUCUGCACUUGAUGAGUAAAACGUCUGGUGUAAAUACAGACUAAAAUAAUAAAGUGGAGCAUGUUUGGGCGCAUUAAUUUGCAGCUUACUGGGUUAACAAGACACAUUGGCAGAUUGUUUGGUUAAUUUCAUUAAUUAAGCUAAUGUAUUCAAUUUAUCAUUGUCUCACUCUAUUAUAUUCCAUUUUUAGAAACUGAUCACGGUUCUUGGGAGAGUAACUUUCCAAAUGAAGCAAAGGUUCUUUUGUUCAAAGCGCUUCACAACACGUUAGAAAGGUAAGGACAAGCUGACAAUUUCCACUGCCUUGUUAUCAGGCCAAAAAAACAUUGUGUUUGUUACCAUGUUUCCCGACUGACCCUGUCUCAUGACACCUAACCUAACGUUUUUAUAACAUUUUUUGCUGGAAAAAUGAGAAUUAAGUCAUUUCCAGAUGCUAUUUAUUGAAAUUUGUGUGCGUGUUAUUCUACACAAGACAGACAAAUGAGAUGGUCGUUUUGCACCAAAUGUUAUAUUCUACUAAACAAAAUAUUCAGGGUAUAGCUAUUAAUUAUUUUCUGUGUUGGUGACUAAUUAAUAACAACUAUUAAUUAGAUCUGCCCAUGCAUCCUGUUAACCCUUUAAGUGGCAAUGGGCCCUGAUGCACCCUACUUUAUUAUUUUACUCUGUCUAAUACCAGAUGAUUUUACUUGUCAAGGGGAGAGUGUUUUUGUUCCACAAUAGCCAAUUUCCGACUGUCAUACUUGUACUCCACACUGAUUCUACUGUAUGAGACGAAAAUACAAGAACAAUCACCAUAUAGUCAUUGUACUGUAUACAUUGCACCUUGUACAUGUACUUACGAGAAUGGUGAUGGUUCUAAAGCUUUCAAAUAAAAUUUGUUUUUAUUUAUUUUUACAGACACUUGUUAUCGAGAGAAUAUGUGCGUGUUGGCAAGUGGUUUGUUAAUUUAGACAAGAAAUCGGCCUGUACGGAAACGUAAGUGUGUUUGAGAAACUAUGGACCUUUGAAUUAAAUUAAGAACACAAGGUUAAAACUGGGAAAUUUGUUAUUUUGAUUUGCUAUUCUACUUUAUUGCAAACAAAUCACCAAAUGAUUAAGAGUGAUAAAAACUAUAUUUUCUAGGAAUUGAAGGAAUUUUUUAGGAUUUUAUAAAAGCUAUAUACACAUGCGAAGCAAUAUCACGAUAGUCAACAAGCAUACAAUAAUCGCGAUACAAUAAUCGCGUUUGAAAAUAUCGCGAUAAAUCAAAAUAUCGUUAAGUUUGUUUGUUGCUUGAAAAAUGUAUAAAAUAUUUAAAAAAUUGAAUAUAGUCAUAACUAAGUGGAAAAGUAUAUUCAUUAGUUCUGAACGUGUGUUACAUACAUGUACUGUAGCCUACAAAAUAUUCUCCUCUUUAACAUAUGUUCUCUAAUCUUGUUCAGGGACAAGCUGUUCUUCUCAUUUGCAUUCUGCCUUCAAGGAGAGAGUAAAAUCUGUAUGACUGUGGAUGUAAAGCAACUACCUGGCGUCCGACAUAUUGUCCCGGAUGAUUUAGCCAAGGCUGCAGCCCAGGGUGAUUUCAAAGGUAAGUUAAAAAAUAAAUCAGUGUCGCAAAACAGCUGCGGGUAUAUGCGGGUACUAGUCUACCACCUGUGACAAAUGUUACCAUAUGUGAGGCCAGUGAGGAAGGUCUAAUGUGGAACACCAUACUCAACACUUUCACCAUAAAACAAAUAAAUGAUGCUUGAUUGGACAGGUUUAAGUUGGCGGGAUGCUGAUGUUGUGCUGGUA